CAGUUCUUCACUCUUCAAAACCCUAAUCUCGCUUAGGUAUAAAACCGAAAGAAACGGUGUCUACUUCUUCCACUUUGCAGUUUUGAACGCCGACGCUUCAUACAAUCUCCGAGAGGACCGAAACCCUUCGUCGCAUUGCAACUAUGUCAAAGAGAAAGGUUAGAGAGCCAAAGGAGGAGAACGUGACUCUGGGUCCAGCUGUUAGAGAUGGUGAACAUGUCUUUGGCGUUGCUCGCAUCUUUGCAUCCUUCAACGACACAUUCAUUCAUGUCACUGAUUUGUCUGGGAGGGAAACACUUGUCCGCAUCACUGGUGGAAUGAAGGUUAAAGCUGAUAGAGAUGAAUCGUCUCCAUAUGCUGCUAUGCUUGCAGCACAGGAUGUUGCUGCCAGAUGCAAGGAACUGGGCAUAACUGCACUUCAUAUCAAGCUCCGUGCCACUGGUGGAAACAAGACAAAAACACCUGGUCCUGGUGCCCAAUCAGCUCUUCGAGCCCUUGCUCGUUCAGGAAUGAAAAUUGGUCGUAUAGAGGACGUGACUCCCAUUCCUUCGGACAGCACUCGUAGAAAGAGUGGUAGGAGGGGUAGAAGGCUUUAAACUUCUUAUGGUGAUCAUCAGCAUGAGGCUAAAGAUGUUAAUGAUAAGUUUAGGCUUCAGAGUUAGAUUUUGCUCUAAUAGGACAUGUGACAUCGAAACAUAAAUAAGAUUAGAUUAGGAUGUUAUUUAUGUUAUUUUGUUCAAGUUACGAUUGUGGUGCUCUCUAUCUAAACAUAUUUGGUAUUUAAUUAUGAAGGAUUAAGUUAUUCAGAUUUUAUUA